AUGGGUCAUAAUGUAAACGAAUAUGAGCUUAUCCCAGAAACAGUUCGACCAUCUAUAUUGGAAAAAGAAGCAAAGGAGGAGCUUCUUUUUAUUGACGGCCCUGGAGGAACUGGAAAAACUUUCUUAUACCAUGCUUUAUUAGCAACUGUACGUAGUAAAGGAUACAUAGCUCUAGCAACUGCUACUUCCGGCGUUGCUGCUUCUAUUCUUCCAGGUGGGCGAACUGCACAUUCACGUUUUAAAAUACCUAUAGACCUUGAUGAAAAUUUCAGCUGCAACAUCAACAAACAAAGUUCAACAGUAGGUCUGAUUCGUGAUGCAAAAUUAAUUGUAUGGGAUGAAGUAUAUAUGGCUAAAAAAAGAAUGCUUGAUGUUAUUGACUUGCUCUUAAAAGAUCUUAUGGAUACAAAUAUUCUAUUUGGGGGAAAAUUAUUGUUUUUGGAAGUGACUUUAGACAAAAUCUUCCAGUUGUUAGAAACGGUAAAAAAAGAAGAUUUUAUUAGUGAAAGUUUGCUAUAUUCUACCAUUUGGGACGAACUUGAAAAAUUGCAACUAUCCGAAAAAAUGAGGGCAAAAACAGAUCCUACUUUUUGUGAUUACCUUAUGAGAAUUGGAAAUGGACAAGAGAGGGUCAACACUAAUAACAAAAUUGAACUUCCAGAUUCGAUGAUUAUUCCUUUUACAACUGAAGAAGAAUCUCUGGACCAUUUAUUCGCUGUGACAUUCUCAAAUGUACACACAUGCUCCUCUAAUCCUUUUUUUGCAGAUUCUCGCGUUGUUCUGACGAUGAAAAAUGAUUUUGUGAAUGAAAUCAACGAUAUUCUUAUAGCAAAAUUUCCAGAAAAAGCAACUACAUUUGUUAGCUUCGACGAAACCGUUGAGCCUAAUGAUCAAAGUCAAUUUGAAGACCUAAUACACAGUUUAAACCCUGCUAGUUUACCUUCUUACAAAUUAACUUUAAAGGAGAAUUGCCCCAUUAUAUUAUUGCGUAAUUUGAAUCCGUAUGAAGGUUUAUGCAAUGGUACACGAUUGAUAUGUUGUGAUAUUAAGAAACAUGUUAUCAGUGCUAAGAUCGCGACAGAACUUGAAAAUUUUGAUGAUGCAAAAGGAACUACGGUACGUAUUGGUAAAAGGAAUAGUGAAGCAAAAUCAGAAGGAUCUCAUGAUGGACCUGGUUAUGUCCUAGUAAUUGGGGUCACUAAUAGACCUGAUGCUAUUGACCAAGCAUGGAGGAGGCCGACCGUGAAAUCGCCUUGGGUAUUCCAGAUGAAAAUGCAACGCGAAAGAGAGGAAGAAAGGGUAAAAUUGUCUUUUUUCUAUUAG